AUGCGCCUGUUCGUGGUGCUGCUGAUUUGCCUGGGCUGCUGCUCCUGCUCCAUUAGCGGGCUCAAGUGCCGGUCCCAGGAGGGACUGGGCGAGGCGGAGCUCAAGAGGACCAUUCGCAGAUGCAUGCAUCGGCAGGACGACAACGAGGAUCGAGGACGGGAUAUGCAGGGCAGACAAGGAAGCACCGGCUAUGGAUUCGAUUACGAUAGGGAUGAAGACGAGGAUCGGGACAGGGAUCGCAACCAAGGCAGCAGGGACAUCUACGGAAACCGCAGGCAAAGGGCUCUGAGGCAGUCGGACAGCAGGAACAACACAGGCAGCGACGGAGGUCAGUGUGUGGCCCAGUGCUUUUUCGAGGAGAUGAAUAUGGUGGACGGCAAUGGGAUGCCCGACCGGCGCAAGGUGGGCUAUCUGCUGACCAAGGACAUGCGGGAUCGGGAGCUUCGCAACUUCUGCACGGACACCGUGCAGCAGUGCUUCCGGUACCUGGAGAGCAGCGGAAAGGCCCGCCUCAACAAGUGCGCGGUGUCCCGGGAACUGGUGAAAUGCAUGUCGGAGUACGCGAAGGCCCAAUGCGAGGACUGGCAGGAGCACGGCAACAUGCUCUUCAACUAGGAGGAAACUCACCCCACUCUUCAGGUCUUCGCAGCGGU